CAGGAAGCUAUGAAGGCCCUGUUUGAACUCCAGUCCAAUGCAGAGUCCAUAGCUAAGGCUCGUCAGUCUCAAGACAAAAAAUUUCAUAACAUUCCCAAUAUGAAAAAAUACAUUACACGAUCAGGCCUGAUGGUAAUGUAUUUAAUUAUUUAUGGGACAUGAAAAAAUAACACUUGUGAAAAUUACGAUUGCAAUUAUCACUUGUUACUAGGAUAAAAAACACUGACAUUUAUUUUAUUUUAAUAAAUUACAUUGGUAUCAGCCCCAUUUUUAUCUUUAUUUAUUUUAUCACGUAUUGUUUUUUAAGUUAACAAUCACAGAGCUUAGUAAUAGUGCUUAAUAGCUUUAAACUCUGUAAAGGUCAUUGCAUUAUUAACUAAAGAUGUAGAAUGAAUGACAUGGUUAUUUAAACCAAAGAAGGCACAGUGUAGUGCUAUUAAUGUUUUUAGCUAGGUUUUUAUCAACUGCAAAUAUAUUGUGCACCAACAGUGUAACAUUUAUCCCCCUUCAGGAAGAUCAGGUUGACAACCUUUCUGUGAUACAUGUUAGUGGUACCAAGGGCAAGGGCUCCACUUGUGCCUUUUGUGAGCGGAUCCUCUCGUGCCAUGGUUACAAAACGGGCCUGUUCACUUCACCUCACCUGGUAGAAGUCCGUGAGAGGAUCAGAAUUAAUGGUCGGCCUGUCAGUAAAGAACUGUUCAGCGAAUAUUUCUGGAAGGUGUACACAAACCUUAAGGAUACACAAACUGAGGUUAAUUUUGGGUACUUAUUCACAACCAGCUUGCCUGUACUACAUUAAGAGGCUAAUCAGCAUUUCAAUUACAUAAGUGUUAUUGAAUAUAUUAACAGUAUUAGAUUGUCAUGUUCUAAUGUUUUUAUAAAUGCCUAGACAUGUUCCCAAAAACCAUUAAUUACAUGUCAUUAUGAUGCAGUAUUGUCUUAUAAAAUAUUUUCCAGAUAAAAUAGUUUUCUUUUGAUAAAAAAAUUCUUCAAACCCUAUUGUUUUUAUCCAUAAGUAUCUGUAGUUUGUUCAGCUUAUGAUUCCAAUUAUCAUUAUUACUCGAGAGUCCAAUCUAAUUUAUUCCCACAAUUUUUUUUCAAACUGACAGAAUAUUGAAGGAGGAGGCAUGCCUGCCUAUUUUCCAUUUCUCACAGUCCUUUCACUUCAUGUGUUUAUAUCCGAGGGUGUAGACGUUGCUGUUAUGGAAGUGGGCAUAGGUGGCCAGUACGACAGCACCAACUUUGUCAAGGACCCUGUUGUGUGUGGAGUGACGUCCCUUGGUCUUGACCACACUUCAAUGCUUGGGAACACAAUUGAGGAGAUAGCCUGGAGCAAAGCUGGAAUUUUCAAAGUAAACCGGUUUUGUUUUGAUAUUUGAUCACAGGUUAUCUGUGUUAAAUUUAAAGUAUGAAGAAUAAUAUCAGACUGCAUUCAAGCUGUGUGAAAAGAAUGUCCGGAUUAAGAUAUGAGGAAGCUUGAAAUAUAACUCAAAACAAUGAGUGCAUCACCCCAAAUUUAAAGUAACUUGUAACUAAACUAAGGUAUCGUGGCAAUGAAGUAAAAAUAAUUUAUUGUCUUCAGGGUCUUACAAAUUUUUAAAAAUAUAAUUUCUUCAUCAAAAGAAAGGUCAUCCAGCCAUCACAGUCCCACAAGAUUCAAAAGCUAUGAAAGUUUUGCUGGACAGGUCUAUAGAGAUACUGGUAAAUCUCAGCAUUCUUUAAUUUUGUACAGAAUCACUUGGUAAAAAAAUGUUAUCAUACACCUAAUAUGAUAUUUAAUUAGCAAGUCUAUUGUGGUAUUUCUUGGCUCUGAUUUAUUAAAAAAAACUUUUAAUUUUUCUGACUUCAUGGCAUUUCUUGUCAGUGUUUCUAAUUUGGGGGGGGGGUGUUGGUUUGUUUUCCAAUGGUUAGGCAUUAAAAAGACUUUUCGUAAACAAUAUUUUUUUACUGCUUUCUGUUUGUUUUUGUGCUAUACUAAUGUAAUGCUAACUGUUUUAUGAAAUCAGAAUCCCCUUUACCUAGCUGUCCCUGUGUCUGAAGAGCUGUUGGCCGCACACAAGAUUCACCUUGGCAUUGCUGGUGCAAAACAAGGGGAGAAUGCAUCUUUAGCCAUCCAGUUGUAUCGCAUGUGGGUACAAAGACAUAGUCAAAGUACGUCACUUCCAGAAUGUGUCAUUAUUUAUUUCAUUCCAUGAUUCUAGUUGGCUGGGCUCAUACAGCCUUUGAGGGGACUGUUCGUAGGCAACCGUUUCAUUCCAGCUACUUAAUAACUUAUUGACGAGGUAGAAACCAUUUGUAGAAACCCUGUUAGGGGGUGACUGACGCCAUCCCAGGAUGGGAAGUGUUUUUUUGGGUUGUUAAAUCUAACCAUCCUAGUUAUAGAAAGUUUGGCUGCUGGUGUUGCAACACUACCAACCAAUCAGUUGCUCCUUGGUUGAUGUCGUCCCACUUGCAUGGUCAAUCAAGUGGAAGGUGGGUGGGGCUGUCUCAGCAGCAGAGGGCUCCUAACGAUUACGCUAUUUGGGCUUGGGGGGGGGGUGAAUAGGGACACGUUAGAGAGGGUCUAAUAUGCUUUGGCUUGAUGGCUUACUGUUUUUUCUUCAGAGAUUUAGAUGAGUCAAAUGGGCAUAUAGACUUUAGGGCUGGUUGAAUAGCCAUCCCUUUUUAUGAGAAGCAGACGUCCCCAACCUUUUUUAAUGCAAGUGUCACAUUGAAAGGGCCUAAAUAGGAAUUCCAUAAUUGAAUAAAUUUCUCCAUAUGAGUUUAUUCUUUUAAUUCAUUAGAUCCCCUUUUCAACUACCUGAAUAGGAUAUUAUGUGCAGGCAGGGGGGGGGCUAUGGCUCAAACUAUACAUUUUAUUAUGAACUUUUUUUGUUUUGUUACAAUAAUCAGCCUAAUUUUUUAGUUAAAAUUUUCAUGUAAAAUGGAUCCUAUCGUUUAUUAGUAAGAUGGCCUUUAUUUGAACUUCAUUACAUUGGAGUGGCAAGGGCGAUAUUUAGGUGCUCCGUUACAGAUUAUGUUGUAUGGCACAGCCCAACAGAUUAAGCUUAUUACAAAAAUGCUACCAGGGUGCCAUAAGUACAAUUCAGCAUUGCCCACCACCUCAGUAGGGACUAGUAGUCAUUCAAAACCAGAAAUAUUGACCAAUAGUUUCUCUGCGUCCACUAAUACGGCUCAUGCACUUUCCUUUAACCAGAAGAACUAUCGCUUGAUGUUCCAUUGGUCAGUUCAACAGAGGACAUACCUAAGCUGUUUGUGGACGAUUUAGAUGAAGGUGUUCUACAAGGUGAAUUGACUCAUGUUUUUCCUUGAUGACAUAAUUAUAUACUGAUUUAUUCGGUUUACAUUAGACUCAAUUUUUUAAUUAAAAUUACACCUAUAUCCAUGGUAAUGGAUUUUAUUUUUCAUUUAAAAUAUCCUAAUUUUGACCACUCUGUCCGGCAAAAUGAGCAAUAUUUUCAACCAUAUUUCUGUAUUUAACCAAAGGUGUGUUCACAUUAUGAGAUACCGGUACUUAUCUAGUUUAUGGUCACAUAACAAGGACUUUGGAUAUAAAUUAAGAACAGUAUUACAAAAUAUUGAAGACAUUCAAAUAAUAAAAGCUUUUACUGUUUCUGUUAAUAAUAAGUGAAAUUUUAACCUUUGUAAACAAUAAGUGUAACAUUAACUUUAUUGAAACAUUGUCACUGUUGACAUGAGCGCUAUAUCGGUUCUCAAAUUUCACUCGGUUGCACUCAUCCUAGAGAGGUCACCUUUGAUAAACUGCUUAAUCUGAAAUUCCCAUCUCGAAUUUCAAGUUGCUUAAAAAUAUUUUAUGGUUGUAUCUUGACAUUUGAAAGAUUUUACUUCACGCACAGCUGUUUCAUUAAAUCUGAUAUCAGUUAUUAUUUUGUUAUAGUUAUGCCUCUUGAAAUACAUGAUAGAACUGAUGGUUAUAUUAUGAUAUGCUGUCCGGUUUUCUUGUUGUAACACAACCAUCUGUUUGUGACUCUGAUUCCAUGCCCACAAAAGAAUAUUAUUAAAAUUUGUAUCCUCUAUCCACAGGACUUAUGUCAUGUGUCUGGCCAGGUCGUACCCAGAGCAUAAGACGGAUGAACAUUACAUACUAUUUGGAUGGUGCUCAUACGAUGGAGAGUAUGGAGGUUUGGCAUUUAAGUAUAUUCAAGUUUUCCUGUCAUCUGUUAAGGGGUAAAAUAUAAUAAUUAAAGAACUGCAUUCGAGCCUAGUAAAUGUAAUAGCAAAACGAGGUAUGUGGAAGCUUGAAUUAGAGGAAAAGGACAAAAAGAUUAGGACGUUUUAGCAUAGAGCCUUCUUCAGCACACAGGACAAAUGAAGGCUCUUUGCCGAAACGUCCUAAUCUUUUUGUCCUGUUCUCUGUUAAGGAAGCUUUAUUUCAUAGUGAUUAACCCUUUCAGGAAGCACACACAGGUAUGUUAAAAAAUGUGCACCAACUAAAUGCUUUAGAAUUAUUUAUUCUAAAUGCACACAAUGAAGUGCUAAAAAAUUAAACUAAAUUUGUUAUUUUUAUUUCGAAUCACUUAACUUUUUAAAAUCGAUUUCUUUGUAAAUUGAAUAAACAACAAAUCAUUUUAUUUGUGAUAAAUCAGGCAUCUUUGGGUCACAAAAAGUGAUGUGGUGGGACGCAUGCGGGUUGGCCAACCCUACCGUACCAUGUCUCCACUAAAUAUAUGAUGGAUAACUAGUGGUGGAGACAUGAGACUUGCAGAGAAUGCAUUCUCUUUAAAUUAGCUGCAAGAUUCAUGUUAAGUGGCUACUUAGAGUGCUUGUUCACUAUGUGCUAGGUAGUUAGCUGCAAGAUUCAUGUUAAGUGGCUACUUAGAGUGCUUGUUCACUAUGUGCUAGGUAGGAAGUUUUUGAUGAGUCUAUUUAGUUAUGAUAUUUUCUCAGGUUUGCACUGCUUGGUUCCAAGAGGCUGCAGACAAAGAAACAAGAGCCAUUGAGUGAGUUUCUUUGCCUGUUGAUAUAAGCUUGUUUGUUUUAUCCUAAAACUUCAACUCAAUUACCUCCCAGCACUGUCUAGAGGGUGUUCAGUCUUUUCAAAAUAGCUAGGAAUUAAUUUUGUCACAGGACUGCAACAGUUUGAAGAAGAAUGGAAUUUAUUGAGUAGUUCAAAAACUGUGGGAAAUUAACAGCAACAUUUUUUAUCUUCAAUAAUUGUAUAUGCUGGUUUUCAUUACUGGUGAAUAUAACGAGAAGCCAAAAUUGUAACUAUUAAACACAAUGUCCAAAAGAAAUCUCUCGGCAAAGCUCACAGGAUUUUGUAAUAUCCCAUCCCAGCAAUUGACAUUGCAAGGAAUUGUUUUGUUUAUCACGUGGCUUGUGAAAGGUCACAGUAAUGGCAGGGCCGACGGAUGCAUUGUUUUUGCUGUGUUUUAGUAAUGUUUUCGGUGUAUAGAGGGGAUGAAAAUACAAAAAUUGCCAAUCAAAAGGACUCAAAGGAUUAUUAUUGUAUUUUGAAAAAGGAUUGAAAUAAAGCAAAUAGACAUUGAUAGUGAAUCUCAAUUGACUUCAACUUCUAGUGCUUUUGAUGUGUACUUUGGGAAUAAAAGAAACAACAGAAGGUCUACCCUUAGUCCUAGCCUUAGCUUUUAUGAACAAUCAGGGUAGUUUAAAUGACAUUUUACUAAGCUAUUUAAAAUCAUUGUUCCUUUGUAGUGGGCUGGUUGGUCGUGUUUUGAUCUUCAAUGCAACUGGAGACAGGGAUGUUGGACCUUUCUUAAACAUUUUGAAGGUGAGCAAUAGCGAUGUUACCUUGGAUAAAAUUUCAAUCUUUUUUUCUAGUAAAUAGUCAUAGCAAUAGGGCCUCACAUCAUUUGAAAGUACUAUCUUUAAUAAAUGGUUAUAACAAUAUGCCCUUGUACUUUUGGAAGUUUAAUACUUUUUUUAUGACCUUAUUUUUCUUCAAACAGUUGUGAGCGGGCAACUGUGAUUACAUGAGGGGGAAAUAAUUAUGAUGCAUUUUCUGUGGUGACCUAACCCUUUGAAUAUUUGAAUGCCUACCAUGUCAAUAUUUGGUUUAACCCAUAAUGGUGUCCCACUGGUGGAUCAGAACCCAACAUCCAUGGUCAUACCCAGAAUGCUGAUCACUAAAAGAAUAUCAAAUAAUGAAUCCCAGGAUUUCACUUCCACAGGACUGACUUGGUGAACCUCUUGAAUGAACACUGAGUUUAUUUGGUGAUGGAAGAGCUGGUAGUUGUAUAGGGAAAAUCCUAUACCGCAUGACGGCAUGUGCAUCUUGACAGCAUGAAGUCUCAUGAUUACAGCAUGUGCAUCUUGAGUUAACACUGUCACACUGAUCAGAUGAAAUCUUGUCAUUACAUCAUGUGCACUUAGAGUUAUAACUGUCAUACUGAUCAAAUGAAAUCUUCUCACUUAAAUUUUCUGAGAAAACAACUCCCUGCACAGAAUUAGUUUAAAUGUUAAGUGAUAACUUAAGAAGCAGUGAGACCAUAUAUUUUUUUUUCAAAUAGCAGAGGGCAAGGCAAGAACAGCUGGGUUUACUUGAAUAUGCUGGUGACAUUUGGCUGUUCCAGUGUUGCCAUGGUUGCAUUCUAACAAUUUCAUAAGUUAAUUAUAAUCCGCAGUCUCUUUAUUUUCAGAGUGGUCAAAUGUUAUUCAGUCAGUCCACUGUUUUAACCAUGGUUCUUUUUCCUAUCUGCAGGACUGUAGUUUUGAUGCUGCUCUAUUCUGUACCAACCUGCUGUCGACCGUUGAGUCUUUGAACAGACCUGGUAAGUCUGAUAGACCCUGAUCUACUUCCACACGAUAAUUAAAUGGGGCACAUCUACACUGAGCCUUUUCUAGACUGAAUGAAGUGGUGUAGCCAGGAAAUGUCUUGGUGAUUCAUAAUUCAUACAGACAUCACUUGUGCAAGUAGAUAACUGGGACACAAACUAUUUGUGUACAUAAAACAAUAGAGGUUCAGCUUUAAUACUGAUCAUACAGAAGACAAACAUCAAUGUUUCGGCAAAUGCCUUCAUCGGUACAAAAGACAAAAAAAAAUCCUAUAAGGAUAAAUUAACGAUACAUAAUAUAUAUAUGUAUGUAUGUAUCCCAAGGAUACCUAAAAAUGAGAGAAAAAGGGUGGGCGCAAGUAGUAAUAAAAAUAAUAUAUGGUUGAAGAUAACAAGUAAAAACAAACUCUUCUACUGUUAUAAUACAGUAAUACAGCGGAAACCGGUGAUGUAAAUAUGUGUGAAGUUUCUCCUAUUAAUGCAUCCAGCACUUGAAAUUAGAUUACAAGUGAACUCCUCAUUUUUUUGGUUUAAUUUCUCUGAUGAAUUUUAUAGCUUGGGUCGCUCUGUCUCCAGACCAGAUGAACCGAACAGUGACUGUGAAGGGAAUGCUGGAACGCGCACAGAACAACAAAGUCAGUUGGGAUUCACUUUUUGAAUCGGAUGCUUCACCCAAGCCAGAAUUAGACCACAACUUCAAUUCAAAGAAUAUUUUAGAAAAUGAUGAUGACGGGGCCCUGUCGGAACAACCACAACUAUUGAACCAUCCGACUGACUGCUCUCUUUCCAUAGACAGAAAUGAAGACUUGCGGGUGGUGGAAGACAGUGAUAGCAGUGAGAAACAGACAGAGAUCAGCCAUGUAGAAAGUGCUCACACGGGAUCUGUAAAGCACAUGUCCCUGGCUUUCCCUUGCAUCAUGGAGGCUUUGGCCUGGGCUACACAGGGUCGUGACCCACUUCUUGAUUUUGAUGAAACGACCAAAUCACUUGUGCCAGAGGUUCCCAGGGUUUUGUUGGAAAAGGAUCACAUACAAGUGUUGAUAACGGGUAGUCUUCAUUUAGUUGGUGGUGUCCUCGGGGUGCUAGCACCUAACAUGAAUGAUUAGCAUCUAAAAUGCUGUGGACAUUUUUAUAACAAAUCAUUUCUAUGAGAUGACAUUUUUAUUCUGCCCCGUGGUGUAUAUUUAUUUCACUCAUUCUAUCACCAUUUUGUCUAAGAUUUUUGGGACCAAAGGGCGCACUUAACUUGGGAUAAACACACCAUUCAGGUCCCCAGAUGCCAUUAACUUGGGAUACACACACCAUUUGGGCCCCCAGAGGCUAUUAACUUGGGAUACACACACCAUUUGGGCCCCCAGAGGCUAUUUUCUUAGGAUAUACACACCAUUUGGCCCCCCCAGAUGCUAUUAGCUUCAGAUACACACACCAUUUAGGUCCCCAGAUGCUAUUAACUUGGAAUAUUUGCAUCCUUUUCAGCCAGUAGGAACUAUUGAAUUGUGGUACACACCUUUUGGGUUCCUAGGGGUAUUAACAUGGGGUAAACAUACUUAAAGGACCAUGAGUACGCUAUGGGGGCUGCAAGACUGAACAAUCUACAGAUGUCAUAAAGUUUGAUGGUCAUCGUGGGUGAGCACAGCUUGAUGGUGUAAGUAAGAUAGUGAACCACUGCCUCUGGUUUUGUUGGGUUGAGGCAGUGCUGUUUUGGGGUUAGAUGACCAUGUGCUGUUCUCUAGUUAUUUCAUCAAAACUUUAGAAUAGUGAGCUUGUUGCUGAGAAUGACUUAGCAAGUGGCAUAAGCGGGUGGCACAUUUUGUCUCUAUAUUCAUGGGCCUCAUUUUCUGGUUGUUCUGGCUGAUUCCUACAAAGAUUAGCCCAAUUUACUUGUCCUGCGGCCGCAAAAAUUAGUUUGCGGGUUGGCCGCUGAGCUGGGUCCCCAACUAACGGUCACGAAGGUGGGACCCAGGCCCGGGGAUGGGAUUCUUUGAGAGUCGACGAUCAAUUGCUUUGCUCGGUAAUAUUUCAGCCAUUGUAUGCUCAGAUGUCAUGAGUACUGAUUCCUUAAUUUAAAUGGAAUGAGUACGGUACGUAUAUGCACAAUGUCUCUUGGGGUAGCUAAACGUUUUUACUAUGUGUAUUGAUGCUAUUCACAAAACUUCACUUGUUCACCCGUGUGUGUAAAUUGUGCUUUUAUUAUAGUCAUUAUUUUGUGUUAUGAAGGCUUGUUGCUCAUUGCAAGUUACCUUUUAAAUUUUAAUCUAUAUACUUCAGGCUUUUAAACAAAAUGUAUGUCUUCUGAUUCUAAGUCCUUUUGAUGAAUGUGACGCCAGUGGUCCUUGUACUUGUGUAAUUGUGACUUCUGCCAGUGGCCCCUCUACUUCUAUACAGUAAUUUUGACUUCACUUCUGGGUUCAGGAUUGGUUGGAGUUUAAUUUAUUAUUGCCAACACAUUCUGUUCUUAAAGGACUUUUAUGUUAGAUCAGCUUUGUCUGGUGUAGGGGAAAUUAAACGUUUGAUCCAUGUUACAUGUUGGCUUACGCUUUCAGUUGAUCAUGUCCAUGUUACAUGUUGACUUUAGCUUUCAGUUGAUCAUGUCC